GAAAAGAUAAUUAUGGAAAUCAUAAAGUGGCACAUGUGACAAAAACAGCCGUAUCUAGUAAAGAAUAUAGACAAAAUUAUGGCUGGAUUUUAGAAAAUUGUCAGCAUUUUGUUAAUAAGUGCGUGCUAGGAGUAGAUUUUUCACAAGAAACGACAUUAAUUAAGAUUAAUGAAAAUUUAAAAAAAGAGAUAGAAAAUGUUGACCGGCACUUUAAUAGUCUAACUAUAAGAAGCAGUAGUGAAUUAGAAA